AUGGAAAAUAAAAAUAAAAAAAUGAAAUAACAGGAUAACUCUUUUACUAAUCUAGAAGAUUUAAUGAAAUCAAACUUGAAAGCUCUUACUCAUAUUGACUUACAGUUAAAAAAUUGUAAUCUUAGUAAUGAAUAAAUUGCUUAGCUUAACACUUCUUUAGGAUAAUGUGAAAAAUUAGAAUCUUUAAUAUUAAAUCUUAAUAAGGAAACUAUUUCAGAUGAUAAGAUAAAAUAAUAAUAUGCAGAAUUUUUUAAUUAAAGAUAAAUAAAAAAUUUAGUUGAUGCUAAUAAUAAGAGCAAUGAUUAAAUAUUUGCCCAAAUUUUGUUUUUCAAGCAUAUUUUUAACAAAUCAACUGUUAAGAAACUUAGAUUAUAACAAAUUUAAGCAUAAGGAAAUAUUCUAUUAGAAGAAACUAUGAGAAAUCUAAUUAAUCUUAACAGUUUACAAUUAAAUUUAGAUGGAAAUUAAAUUGGAGAUUAAGGUGCAAUUUGGAUUUAUACAGCAUUAUGUAGAUGCAAAACACUUACUAACUUAAAUCUGUAGCUUUGGGAUAAUAAAUUGGGUGACAGAGGCAUAUCGAGCAUUGCAGAAGGUAUUAGCAGUUGUGAUAAACUCACAGCUUUAACUUUAAACACAGCUGCAAAUUUAUUUGGAAAAGAAGGUGCAUUUUCUAUUAGUAAAACAUUAUAUAGCUGUAAAAUGUUGACUGAUCUAGAUAUUAACUUCUCCAACAAUUAAAUUGGAGAGGAAGGAGCAUCUGCUAUUUUUGCAGCACUAGGUAGCUGUAAAUUACUUAUAAAUUCAAAACUUGUGCUUUGUAACAAUGAAAUUGGGGAAGAAGGAGCAUAUUCUUUUGGAACUGCAUUAAGCAACUUACAGUUACUUAUUAAUUUAAAAUUUUGUCUGAGGUAAAACAAAAUCGGUGAUAAAGGAGCAUUAAGCAUUGGUUAAGGCUUAAGUAAAUGCAACCAACUUAAGAAUUUAGAUAUUGGAAUGGAUUUAUUUUAUAUGAAAAGUGGAAAUAAAAUUGGAGAUUAAGGAGCAUAAGAUAUUGGAUUAGGCUUGAGUAAUUGCAUUCAACUAACAAACUUAAAAAUUUGGAUUUGCUAGAAUUAAAUUGGGGAUAAUGGAGCUUCUGCUAUAAGUACAGCACUUGCUAACUGCAAAUUCCUUACUAAUCUAGAUUUGAAUUUUUCGGAAAAUGAAAUCGGUGACAAAGGAGCAUAAAAUAUUGGGUUAGGUUUGAGUAACUGCACUCAGCUUACAAAUUUAGAAUUUUAGAUAGACUCAAAUUAAAUUGAAGACGAUGGAGCUUCUGCUAUCGGUGCAGCUUUUAGUAAUUACAAAUUGCUUACUAGUCUCAGUUUUAGUAUUAUGGAAAAUAAUAUCGGUGAUAUAGGAGCAUAAAAUAUUGGAUUAGGUUUGAGUAACUGCACUCAACUUACAAAUUUAGAAUUUUGGAUAAACUCAAAUUAAUUUGGAGAUGACGGAGCUUCUACUAUCGGUACAGCACUUGGUAACUUUAAAUUCCUUACUGAUCUCGUUUUUAGUAUUGGGGAAAAUGAUAUUGGUGAUAAAGGAGCAUAAAAUAUUGGAUUAGGUUUGAGUAACUGCACUCAACUUACAAAUUUAAAAUUUUGGAUAGAGGGAAAUAAAAUUGGUGAUAAAGGAGCAUAAAGUAUUGGAUUAGGUUUGAGUAACUGCACUCAACUUACAAAUUUAGAAUUUUGGAUAGACUCAAAUUAAAUUGGAGAUGAUGGAGCUUCUACUAUCGGUACAUCACUUGCUAAUUUUAAAUUCCUUACUGAUCUCACUUUUAGUUUUGAGGAAAAUAAAAUUGGUGAUAAAGGAGCAUAAAAUAUUGGAUUAGGUUUGAGUAACUGCACUCAACUUACAAAUUUAUAAUUAUUGAUAAACUCAAAUUAAAUUGGGGAUAAUGGAGCUUCAGCUAUCAGUAAUGCACUUAGUAAAUGCAAAUUUCUUACUAGUCUCACUUUAUAUAUUCAUUAUAACAAAAUUGGUGAUAAAGGAGCAUAAAAUAUUGGAUUAGGUUUGAGUAAAUGCUCUCAACUUUCACAUUUAGUUUUUGGUUCAGAUAUUAAUGAGAAGUUUCUAAAAUCCUGUGAUAUUAUCAACUGUAAAAAUAUAAAGUUAUUGACUCUUUAUACAACAUUUAAGCAAAAAAAAACAAAAUCAGAUAUCUAUAGAUUAGCUUAAAAAAUAAAAAGAUUAGUAACAUUAAAAUGUAGUUUGAAUUUACAAAAAUGA